AUGAGAACAGCACAUUUAGCCUUGGCCAUUGGGGCCAUCUCGGGAGUAUCUGUGGCCAAAGAACUGGAGCCAAGCGCGGAACUGUCGGCAUGGUACGAUACGGGUGCCGCUCAUCAGGAGAGCAUGGAACACAAACUUGCUCAAUGGGAGCAGUUUGAUGCUGAGGGAAGGUUUGAGUCCGCUCAAUGGACCGGCCGCGUCAAGGACUCCAUUGCCUGCAAGAACGGAAAGGUCGAACUGGUCAAAGGCGACCCUCUCCAGACGUUCAGGUGCAAGGAUGGGUCGAUAGCCCUUUCUAACACAUGCCAGCUUGACCUUUAUGACUUCCAACCUCACGCUGCCCUGGGCAACUCCACUGGUAGAGGGUCCGGUUCCUGGGGCUGGACCUCGCCCAACGGCCGCGAGUUCUUCGCUGUGGGGCAAUUUGACGGUGCUGCAUUUGUUGAGGUCUCCAAAAAGGGGAAGCUCAUUUACCUUGGCCGUCUUCCUCAAUAUUCCGCCCCAAGCCAGUGGCGCGAGAUCAAGACGUAUAAACAUUACCUUGUUGUUGGUAGUGAGGCUGUUGAUCACGGUAUCCAAUUUUUUGACCUGCGCAAGCUUCUCGACAUUGACCCUAAGAACCCUGUUACUUUCACCCAGAACGACCUAACGGCACACUGGACAGAGGCGCUUCCCCUUGGUCGUAGCCACAAUGUUGUGGUCAACGAGGAAAGGGGUUAUGCUGUCGCAGUCGGCGCCCAGCCAAGACGCAACCUGCCUUGCGACUCUGGACUGCAGUUUCUUGACCUGGCCGAUAUUACCAACCCUCAGUACCUGGGCUGUGCUGCUGGCGACGGUUAUGUUCAUGACGCACAAUGUAUUGUGUAUCGUGGACCUGAUCUGAAGUACUGGGGCCGUGACAUUUGUUAUGGCUACAAUGAGGACACACUUACUAUCUACGACGUCACUCAUAAGAACACGACAAACAUCAUCUCACGUACUUCUUACGAAGGCGCCACCUACACCCAUCAAGGCUGGGUGUUUGACCCUAACUGGCAAGACUUUCUGGUUUUGGAUGAUGAAAUUGACGAGCGAAACAAAACCGGACCUGCUGCUGAUGGGUUCCCUGUCACCUAUUUCUGGGAUAUUCGAUCUCUAGAGAAGCCCAAACAAACUGGAAUCUUCAAGGGAACAGUGCGAAGUGUGGACCACAACCAAUUUAUUCACCGGGGCCUCUCAUACCAGAGCAACUAUGGUGCGGGGUUGCGCAUCCUAGACGUUUCCUCAGUUCGGUGGGAUCCAACAGCCAAAGGUGUCAAGGAAAUCGCCUACUUCGACAUUUAUCCCGAAGAUGACAAUGAGCCUGGCGGUGGUGCAAACAACUACACUGGUACUUGGAGCCACUACCCCUACUUCAAGAGUGGUUACAUCGUCAUCAACACCAUGGAGCGCGGUGUCUGGGUGGUUAAACGAUCCAACCCUUGGUGGUGGCCCUGGUAA